AGACCGGACCGCAGACAGACUCCCAGUCAUUGAGCUCCUAGGAGCCAAACACAGUUCUCAGACUUUUGGGGAUCCCACCAUUCAACAGUCAGGAUGGCUCGGGAUAUGUCAGAUAAGGAGAUCCUGAAAAUGGAGCUUGAACAGUUGAAGAAGGAAGUUAGCACAGCCAGAACACCUGUGGCUGCAAACUGCUCAGAAACGGUUUCUUUUGUGGAGGCGCUGGUACCAAACGAUCCGCUGAUUAAAGGCGUUUCAGAUGACAAGAACCCCUACAAGGGCGACAAGGGAGGCUGCAUAGUAACAUAGCACGAGGACCUGCAGGGAAGAGUCAAACAGUUUUUUAUGAGAGCCGUGAUUCCCCUGUAGAGUUCUCGUGGGCAAAAUGUACAGUAGUAAGAAGAGUAAACUGUCUAAAUGGUAUUG